AAGAAAAAAGCCGUGUGGAAGAUGUCGUGACGCGCGGUCGGCGGGGCCUGCGGCGGAGAGAGCGACCGGGCUCGGCUCCCGCACUUGUAUGCCCCGUCCCGCGGCGGCCGCCCACCCCUCCUGCUCCAUGUGGGGCCCGGCCCGGGCUGUCGGCCUCUCCUCCUCCUCCUGUUCCUCCUCCUCCUUCUACUAUGGCCCGGAAAACAGUUAGCAGGAAGCGGAAAGCGGCGGCUACCGCCGCCGCAGGGCCCGGGGGGCUCCAAGGGGAGCCGUAUGGGUGGGAUCACUCAGUUCACAAAAGGAAAAGGCUCCCCCCAGUGAAAAGGUCUCUGGUGUACUACCUGAAAGGUAGAGAGGUCAGGAUGCAGAAUGAGUCCAGCUAUCACCGCUUGUUGCACGGAUACGCAGCCCAGCAGCUUCCCAGCCUGCUGAAGGAGAGAGAAUUUCACCUCGGAACCCUUAACAAAGUGUUUGCCUCCCAGUGGCUGAACCAUCGACAAGUGGUGUGUGGGACAAAAUGCAACACAUUAUUUGUAGUAGAUGUCCAGACUGGUCAAAUUACCAAGAUUCCUAUUCUGAAAGAUCGUGAACCUGGCAUGGUGAACCAGCAGGGAUGUGGUAUUCAUGCCAUUGAGCUCAACCCCUCCAGGACCCUUCUGGCCACCGGUGGAGACAACCCCAACAGUCUCGCAGUUUAUCGUCUGCCUACACUCGAUCCUGUCUGUGUGGGAGAUGAUGGACAUAAGGACUGGAUAUUUUCAAUUGCAUGGAUCAGUGAUACUAUGGCCGUUUCUGGUUCUCGGGAUGGUUCAAUGGGUCUCUGGGAAGUCACAGAGGAUGUGUUGUCCAAGAGUGAUGCCAGACAUAAUCUCUCUCAAGUUCCUGUCUAUGCCCACAUAACACACAGGGCUCUGAAGGAUAUCCCGAAGGAGAACACCAAUCCCGACAACUGCAAAGUCCGAGCAUUGGCUUUCAACAAUAAGAACAAGGAGCUGGGAGCUGUGUCCCUGGAUGGGUAUUUUCAUCUUUGGAAAGCAGAGCACACACUAUCAAAGUUACUUUCCACAAAGUUGCCGUACUGCAGGGAGAACGUGUGUUUGGCUUAUGGUCAGGAGUGGUCAGUGUAUGCAGUCGGAUCACAGGCACAUGUCUCCUUUCUGGAUCCCAGGCAGCCUUCUCACAAUGUUAAAUCCGUCUGUUCCAAAGAACGAGGCAGCGGUAUUAGAUCGGUGAGCUUCUACGAGCACAUCAUCACAGUGGGAACAGGGCAAGGUUCCCUAUUGUUCUAUGAUAUCAGAGCCCAGAGGUUCCUGGAUGAAAAGCCUCCACGUGGCUGCUAUGGGCAAAAGCAGAAAUUAGGAGGAGGUGAAAUUUUGAAGUUGACUACUGGGAAAGGCUGGCUGAAUCAUGAUGAAACCUGGAGGAAUUAUUUUUCUGACAUAAAUUUCUUCCCAAAUGCUGUUUACACCCACUGCUACGACUCGUCUGGAACAAAACUCUUUGUGGCAGGAGGCCCCCUUCCAUCAGGACUUCAUGGGAAUUACGCUGGUCUCUGGAGCUAAUGAUAACUCUUUAUAAAUGCUGAUCUUUACACAGAUUUCCUCUUUUCUUUUCCUUUUUUUAACAACAAAAAUGUGUGAUGCCAUUGAUUUCUGAUUUAAAUGCAAGUUAUUUUUUGGCAGAGUUUUCUGUUGGUCUCCAACAGUUUUGUAACAUCUUUUUGAACCACUUUUUUGCUUUAACCUCCUUGAUCCUUUAUAUGGAGAGUUUUUGAAAUCCCUUUUUAUUAUAUUUACUCCAAAUGACUCUUCCCCCACAUUUAGGCUAUCUUGCCCAUGUGCCCUCUCCCCUACUUUGCUGUGAGGUAGGAUUCCUUUCUUAUAGAGUGGUUGCUCCUGGGCUUUCUGUGAAAGUCUAGGGGCUGCGUGUGUGCAGGUACUUUGUGUCAGUUACAUUACCUGGAGUGAGGACUACUUGUAAUUAAAAAAUAUUAAAAAUAUUUAUAAGAGAUAAGCUACUAUAUCUGCAGAGCCUGGCCCUGGCCUGGGUUGAUCUUAUUUUUUAAAAGUACAAGUCUAAUGACACUGUUUAUACAUAGAGGAAUAUGAUGAAUUUAAGCUGAACUCAAUUGGAGCCCAGGGAUGGAUUCCACAGGGUUAGUGCCCAUCAAGCCCAAACUGCAGAACUGAAGGAGUUGUGGAACAUGCAUUUGUAUUUGAAUUGCAGUUUCAGCAGUGCCAGGAGCAAAAUUUGAUCUUCUGUUCCUUCUCUGCCUGUCCCAGGUAUCAGCUUGCACAACUUGGGUUUGUUCUGCAGGGUGAUGUUACACUGGGGGCCUGCAGAGGUGCUGAGAGGAAAAUGGGGGCUAGGGAGUGUUCUCGUUAUUCAAAAUGAACUAAAUCCAUCAAUUUUCUGGAUGAGCCAAGGUUCCUGAGUAUGCUGCUGCAGUAGCUCGCGGGUUCUUCAUAAACUGGUUAAAAUCCAGGAUCUUUUUUUGUCCCAGGCUGUGGACACUUUUCCCGUUUUAGCUGUUCUGGAUGGCCAUCUCUUCUGAUAAGCCAGUGGAAUAAAGUGUUUUUUUUCUCCAAAGUUAGAGUACCUCUUGAACUUACAAGCUAGGAGCUCUCCAUGGAGCAAGAUAACUUGCUGUUAGCUCAGACCGCACUAGCAUCUGCUGUCAUCCUGCUUGCUAUAGGAGACGCUUAAGCUUUCCCCAAAUCCCAUGCUGCCUUCUGCAUUCAGACUCCCUCAAACUUCAUGUGGGACCGGGUGGGGAGAAUAGAUCUGUUGUCCUUUGGGUCCAGCUGUGAAGCAUGUGCAUUGCAGGGUGAUGGUCUUACCUAAUACUCAGCUAAAACGCGGGACCAGGGUGUUCCUCCUAGUUGGGUUUCUCCACCAAACUCUCAGCUUGUUACCAAGCCUCUGUUCUCUGCUGGGAUGAAGGCCUUUCCGCUGCCCCUGUCACCAGGGGAGCAGAACGUGCCUGUGCUAACCUGCUUUUGUGUCAAAUGGGCAGUUGGUUGAAGCUGAGAGGACAGGCACAGCUGGGACAAUGCUCUGUUCUCCUAUCUCUGCAGGACAUCACAGCCACCACUGCAGGGCAGCUCUAGCCCCUUGUGCAGUUCCUGCCAGACUACCUGGAGCUAGCCUGCAUGCAUACCUUGCCAUCCCUCUUGUCUUUGUACUUGGUAUCAUCAGUAACACAAGCAGUGAGCCUCAGGCUUAAUUUCCAUUUGGUAGUGGAGACUUACAUGGAAAUCCUGUAUGGAAUGCAGUUCCCUCCCAUCUGGGUGGAAAUCCUGGCAAGAAAAGAGCUCUCCCUGAUGUACAUCUGUCCCAGAAGUAUCAUUUACUCCACACUGACACAAAUGCUUCACAAACAGAUCUUCCUGCUGUGUUUCAUAAUUCUACUUCCCUUGUGGGUUGGUUGCUUAAACAAUCAGUUCAUGGUGCUCCGUGUAUGACUUUUCAGGCUUUUCUCUGAAAAGGGGCAAAUUAUAUACCACAGGAUAACAAAGGAGCUCUCAAAUUUUAUUUAGAGUUUAUUGUUUUUUAAAGAUGUUGCCAUGCUGCCUGUGUUGUUCUGUGGUGGCAGCGUACUGCUUUGGUUGUUUUAGAGGUUUUGAGAAGUGGAAGUAUACAGAGAAAACCAAAUCUUGGUGAAGUAUGGCAGGAUAUGUAUUUCUAGGAUUACUCCUCCAGCUACUGUGUAAAAUCAGUAUGUCACAGGGAACAUGGUUUGCCUUUUUUUUUGAUGGGGGGCUUGGUUUGGCCUGCUGCUUUUCAUAAUAGGAACUACACACUUGAAUCUACUUGUGUCUUCCAGUUCUUCCGAGACAACAGUUACUAGUUGGGUGCUUAGUGUCACUAGUACUGUUUCUGCACUGAUCUGAAAAUCCUAGCCCUGAUGUCAAUCUAUGAAUUAAAGCAUAUUUCAGGUCUGGGUGAGGGGGCAAAAAGGGCAUUUGUAUGGACUGAGGCUUCCAGCCUCCAAACACAUAGACUAAUCUCCCUGCAGAGACAGCAGAGUCUCUAGUUAGUGAAGAGGCACUCAUGGAAAGCGUCCCUCUGUCCUGACUCUGAUCUCUCCUAGUUCCCCAGUGUGUGUUCCUAAAGCCUGAUGUGUUUGUGCCCUUUUUCUCCUUUUGUUUUUGAUUUUCGGUUGUGGGGGUUUUUUUAUUUUGGGAAACUUUGGACAAAUCUGAGAAGAAUCUGGACAAUGAUGUAAAAUUUCUCAAGUCUGACGUGCUUCUCUAUAUUCUGCUUUCAGGGUGCUUUCUUGUAAAAGUAAUUUCUCAUGGGGAGGGAGCAGUCCUUGCUGCUGUAUGAAAAUCCCCUCCCCAAAAAAAGCUGGAAACAAACUAGGUGGUGCUGCAAGGAUCCAAACAAAUUGGGCCAGGGACACUUAAUUUCUAGCCAGUUUCAGUGGCUUUAAAUGCUUGUAGCAAUACAGUUGUUAAGUUUCAGAAUAUUUUGUGGCUGGUUAUAUGUCACUCUUAGUCCAGUCAGUGUUAGAAACCGAGGCCAAGAAAGGCACCAAUAUGCCAAGACUGUCCAAAGAUAAGUGAUAGGAGAAAUAGGAGGAAAAGACGGAUUUUCUUCCUUGGUGUGAUUUUUAUUUCCCAUGUUAGAUAUCAGAAUUGAAAUCCAGGAUCAUAGUGAGGAACUAUGCAGGGGUUUCCCAUCAAAGUGUAGGAGAACAGCAGGGGCUCUCCGGGCUCCGCAGAGGUGAGUUCAGUGUACCCUGCUGUUCAAAUGGCAGACGCACCCCUGUGAUGGAUGGAGUUCAGUCUGAUGGCUGUGCUUCAGUAGCUUCCUGAACAGCUCACCAUGCUCUGCUCAGACCCAGUGCCAUAUUCAGACUGUCUUACCUUUUCCAAUGUUCCUUCAUGAUUUCCCUCUUUUGCUCUUUCCUGCCCUCCUGAAUGGUCUGUUUGGGGUCAGCUCCUCCACCCCAAAUCAUCCCAGUCUUCACAGUAGCAAUAUUGUGCUCACAGAGGUGACCUCAGUCAAACAGAAGGGGGCUUGCUGGCAUUUUACUAAGCCAUGCGCAAGACCUUCAAUUUGUUUUAAACAGGGUUUAAGGCCAGCUCAGACAGUAGAGCUGGACAGUUGCUCUUGUACAUGUUUGAUUGAUGGGAUUGGACAGUAUUGGUCUGUUCCUGGGGCUUAUCUCUGGUUUAUCUCACGUUAGGCACUUGGAGAAAAGAACUUUUAAUCAUAACAGACCUUCAAACUUUUCUUCCUGCUGUUCACUUUUCAGUCAUGUGGGAUCUUUUGUGCUGCUGGCGAGUGUAGGAAGCAGUUAAUUUUACCACUCAGCUCUUUUCAGUAACUACCAUGUUAAUUUGGGUAUUUUGGGGUAUUACAUUUUCAGUAUUCAUAAUCACAGGUAACCAAACUAGUGAGUGAAUUAUGGGUUUGGUAAUACCCAGCUUGUAAGUACUGAGUAGCAACCCCUCAGUGUAAUUGGGUGUUACGUGAUGGACAUUCCCAAGGAAGCAGAAGCUACUUUCAAGUGUUGGCUUGAGGAUAGCGCCGAGGGUGGUACUCACCCUUUUCACCAAACACCUUAUUCCUGGUAAUUCCUCCAGUUUUCUCCCUUGCACAGUCAAGCCAUUGAGGGAGAAUUGAUAGCGCUCUCCUCGGGUGGUUUUGGAGAUUACAGUGAAGAAGUGAGUCCAUUUGUUUGGUUCCCUCAUCAGUGCUGCUGGUGUUAGUCCAAGAUGAGUAAAUUACCAAAGAAUAGUUAAUAGGUAUUUGUUUCUAGUCUCAGUUGUUCAUUUUCCAUGUAGCUCCAUUUUUAAGAUUCAUUGCAAGAGUGCCCAGUGAUCUUACGGUGCUUCGUGUAUCCACAAAGAUUACAUUCAUGUUGUGAGUGACUCUUGUGACUCCCUUCCCUCUUGUGACCCCCCCACCCUGAGGGGGACUGUUGAGCUUCAUUAUGGGGAUAUAUUUGCUGCCUACAUUUCAAAUCUUUGGCAGAUUUUUGUAUCUUAAAGAUUAAGAUACCUAAGAAUCAGAUAUUCUAAUACAGAUUUUCUUCCUUUUCCUUUACCUGAGCACUUGCUUUGUAUAUAUAGUUUGCAGUUGCAGAGUUAACAGAUUAAAGUUAUGAUCCAGCUAUGUUGAGUGGUGGUUUGUGUCUUAAUUUCUUCCCCUCGGCUGAGAGGCACUUACUGAGCUUGUGAACUGAUGUCCCUCGCCUGGUGCAGAUGUGGAAUAAAGCGGGCUUGCCUAGACCCUUCAUGGAGGUCACCUCUUUUGUUUUGUUUGCUUGCAAGAAGAACAGAUGGGCUGCUGAAUGCUGCAGCCAGGUGGGAGCUCUGAGGUUUGUGGUGGUCUCAUGCCCUUAUUUUCAAUAAACCCACUUUUCCAAGGUUUCCAGGAGUCCCUUAAUUAGCUUCUGUCACUACUGCUGCUAUGGCUGAAUUACUGAACUAGGGUACAGCUCCUAAGACCACUGUUGCGGAGCUGUGUGCGAUGCAGGCAGAGCUGAUGCUCUGGCCAGCCCAUGCUGACCCCUGGACUCCGCUCCUAGCCAGGAAGACACUUCUUUAGCUUAAAGCCAAGUGAAAAUCCCCGUGUGUGCUGCUGGCCACCCACUGCUGGAGCCUAUGGUGUGACCUCGUCUUAAAAUGAGUUUCUGAGUGUUGCAGUGCUGUCAGUAACUUAUUUGGAAGUCUUUGAAGCGCACGCACCAGGAAUUUGUCCGUGUUGCAGGAAAGGUGGGGAGGAAAGGAGAAUACAUCUACGUCUUGCCUGAAGGGAUCUCCUAUUCUCCUUUGCCUCUACAAGCAGGCACUUGUGUGAGUGGUGAGGAUGGGCAAGGGGCACAAGAGAAACAGGGAAAGCCCAACAGUGUUUGGUAUUGCUCUCAGGAUUCCUGAAGAGUUUAAAAACAGAGAGGAUACUUGUUUGUUGCUAAGGAGGUGCUUGUGAAAGGGCUUAAUCAGAACCAUUUUCAGAGAGAUCAAGUAGAUAUCCAUCUCGUUCUUGUUUCUACAUGUUAAUUUUCAAGGAUUUAGAUUAGGAAGUGUUUUUUUGCUUGUGAUGCUGGGUUUGUUUAUGAAAACCGUGUGGUACUUGGGUAAUUAAAAAAAUGCUCUUACAGAAAGAAAUCUUCCCAAUUAAAAAUGGAGCACUAUUUUCUAACAGCCUUUCGCUCUACUAUCCUGCAGGGAGCGAUAUGCUCUAAGAAGAUGCACAUGGAUUUAAAACAGGGUGCCAGGGUUGGCAGUUAGGAAGAUUCAGGCUGCCUGACCCCUUCUUUACCCAGAAAAACACCAAGGAAAACACUUGAUUGUAUACCAAUUCUGGUCACAGGCUUGAAACAGAGGGUGAGUAAACCCCUUCACAGCAUAGUGCAAUGUCUCUGUAGUCCUAGAUGUUGAUUCUUUGACUUUGGAAUCAAAAUCUAGGAGUGAAUAUGUUGUUUUCUUAGGAACUGCUUUUCUAGAUUCCCUUAUUGAAAGGGAAAAAUCAGGUGCUGAAUCUUAAAAUCUCGUUAAACUUGUACUUUUUAUUUGCCCAUUCACCUGGUCUCCUUUCCUUUCCAAGGCCUCCCACAGUCUCAGGGUAUAUAAAUCACUAUGACUCAUCCAAAUAAUACUGAAAUGGACCAACCAGAGGUUAAUGUGCCUUCCUCUUCUGGUACCUUGAUCUUUGUAAAGUUAUCUCAGACUUGUCAAUGUCUUAGGGCUGGGUACAUGCAUUGUCUUUUUCUAAGAUGUAUGUGUUGAAAUUGCAACAGGUUUGUACUGUUACUCGUGAGUUGUUCCAUUUGUUCUGAGGAUGUGGUGUAGACACAAAUCAAUGCACUGGUUUGUCUUGGGAUCAACCUUACCUGUGACAUCUGUCAGUGCUUGCUUGUAUGUUAAUGUGUACACAAAUGCUGGAUCUUCCCCAUUGCCUAUGAUGUGUACGAUGCACAAACUACACAAGGUGUUUUAAAACAUGCAGUGAUCGCAACUUGUUGCCUGAGGGUAGAAUGUCCUACAGUGAACUGUUUUUAAUGUUUUUUCCCAAAUAUAUUUAAUAAGAUCCAAAGCUUUGGGGGAAAAGAAAAAAUGAUCAGGACUCGCUGAUGCUUGCUGGCUUUUGUUCUGGAUCCAGGUUUCUGAUGUUUGUUAGCAGCUCUUGCAAUUCCACCCAUUUAACAGAGCCCUUCUCAGCUUGCUGUUUCUGUUGUGAGCUGUGUCAGAAACUGGAUCCUGAACUGUCACAGAACCUGUCAAGUGAAGUAGUAACAGCUCUCUUCAAAUGUUACACUGCACAACUGUAAGGUAAACCUGUUCAAAGUUAUUGAUGCAGAUUGCAAAUGGAACAGUGGGAAACUGCAGGUCAUACGUGAAACCAGCCUGUCUGCACAUGGGGCACUGUGUUCAGUUACCAUGUAAAUUGUCUCUGCUCUCUGAAAAGUUAUUUCCCCCCCAAUACAAAGACAUUACAAGUUUCGGUUUGUUUUCUGAAUUGUAAAUGGGUAUCUUAAACUGACAUUUGGAAUUUGGGCUGAGUUUCUGUCUCUUAUGCAGAUAGGGGAGAAUACAUGUCCCUUCCCAGCUGUAAGGUUAAUUUGAUCAUAAGAGUGUGGAAACAGGAAUGCUUCUCACUCACUGUGGCCUUCAAUGGGCAUGUAUAUCCAUAAUUAAAUGAAGCACAAUACUGCACUCUGUUGAUCCAUGAGGCUACCUUUGCAUUGAAUCAGCAUGAUUAGUCAAUACCUGGUCAAGGAGCUCUAAUGUAUAUGUGUUCCCUGUGCUGACUGCUCUCUCUGUACCCAGGGCAGACUUAAUCUGGAGUUCUCUCUUCUUGCUAACUUCAGAGUUUCUUUAAAUUCAGUAAGUUUCUGUUUUUGUCACAGUCACUUUUCAGAGUAGAACAGAUGAGUUUAACUUUGUUUUCUGAUCUUUAGCAUUUUCCUCUUGUCCCAUUUCUUCCUAGUUCACCUUUAUCAGUCAGUUCAAAGCUGCUUGCCUAGUCUGAAAAAUACGAAGCUGUAAUAAAGAGAAAACCUGCAGCCCACUGUGGAAAGAUCACUCUGUAUUUUACCAUAAACUUGAGUGGCUGCUUUGGAAGUGGAUACUCCACUCCUGCGCAAUCUACAGAAGCUGAAAUUCUCUCACAUCCCUACUAUGGGGUGGAUGUCAGCAGAUCAGGAAGUGGAUGUGCCCUGCGUCUGCUCCCAGUGUGCUUAAUUGGUCAGUGGUGGUUUAAUCAACCAGAGAAAUGGCAUCUUUGGCUGCUACUCAAUGUCAUAACUAAAGAUUUCAUUGAGAGCAAUGCAGCAGAAGGCUGCAUCACUGACUUCCGCUGACUUGAUCCCAUUUACAGGCUUUUAUCUACAGAUUUGUCUUUUGCAUGUUUGAUGGAUUACAGCCCCCCCCGUAAGGCUCUGAGCUAAACUCUUACCCUGUGCUCAAAAGGCAAAGGUUGUCAUAAUGAGCUUUGGCCAAAGGCUGGCUACGCUCAGACGUGAACUGGUAAUGGAGUGUUUGAGCAGUGGAAGCCGUGAGGUUUUGCUCCAUCAUGCCUUACGCUUAUGCAACUGCAGAUUAGUUGUUCUCAGAGCUUGUGAAACUGCUGGUCAUCCCUCUUCACGUGAGAUGUGAAGAUGGCAUGGGGAACCAGCUUCCUCAGAGGUCACUCACUCUCCCCCUCAUCACUCAAGUUUACUUCUCUGUUAUCAUGACUGCUUACAACAGGUAGAGCUGCCACCAGCCACCUCCUCCUCGUGCUUCCUGCCAGGACGAUGGAGUGAAAAGGCCUUGUCUGCAGCUCCCUCCACCUGGUUGGUUGGUGACAGUGCAGGGGUGUAACAGGCCCGCUUCAGUUGGCUGCUCUGAGCUCCUCUCGCAGAGCAGGUGUGAUGUGGGACCAUUACAAAAAGCUCUGGAUGAGUAACUUACAACAAGCUCUGUCAUUCUUGUUCAAAAUGCUGUCUCCAGUCUCAGCCUCUCAUCCCAGCCUUGCUCCCAUCUUGCCACUCCCACCCCUCGGGACUAGAGCAAGUUCCCUGUCCUCUCGUGGCUUUACUAGUUCAAGUACCAGUUCUGCAAAGCCUGGGGGCCCCUGCUAAAACCCUGCUACAGUUUGGGACUCCCACACUCGCUUAGGCAGUAGCUUGCUGCUCACAGUUGCUCACAGUCUCCCUAUUUAUUUGACUCAGCCCUGGAUGUCUCCCUGGACUGUUACUCCCCUUUCAGUCGAAAAGGCUUUGCUCCAAAGUCAUUCCUGCUCCAUGAAGGAGCUGAUUCCUGGACUGCUGGCUUUUUAUUUUUCCCAUUGUUUACUCUGCGAUUCACUGCAUGUGUAGGAAAUCAUACUGACUGUCUCAGCUCUCCUGAAUGUGGUACAAGAGCCCACCCUGUGAGGCAUCAGAAUUACCCGUCUACUUCCAAGGUGCACACAAACAAGGGUCUCUUACACAAACAAGUUUUAGGGAGGAAAAGCAUCUGCAUAUACGCAAGUGGAAAGGUAUCUCUGGGUAGAAUAGGUGAGGGAGCAGUUUAAGAAUUUGAAAUAGAACAGUAACUGAGGUUUUUAGUUUCUUUAAAAAAAAAUUGCUUUACCAGGAGGUUUGUCUGUGUUCUAAUCCGCAGAAAUUUGCAAUGUAAACUAGGGGGUUUCUGUUCAUCAAUGCAAAAUGUGCCUCUCAACUAUAAUGCAAAAGUCGGUCUCUGUCGCUGUCUGUUUGUAAUGGAAGAAGUUUAAUGAAGACUGAUUUAAGGUAUUUCUUGCUUUUACGUGUAACCAUCCACACAGCAGUCCUUGCUGGUCUUUUGCAAGCACCAUACGGCACUAUCCCUAUUUAAAAGCAAAAUGAGGAUUGCACUGAGUAGUGGAACCUGCUGAACUCCCUUGGUUUGAGAGACACGCUGGAGAGAAGAGUCCAGGUUCCACGUAUUUUAAAUACAACUAUAAACCAAUGCAGCUACUCUCUCAGAUCAGCACCACUUCCUACCUUUCCCUCCAUCUAGAUGGGAAUUUCCAAGUAAACCCAGCAAUAUGUGACUCAGUUGACACGCUUGCAGGAACACGGGGUUUUUAAAUUUGAGGAUUGAGAUUCCUCUUGUGGAAGAACUCAGUGUGGGUGCAAGAGCUUGGAUCUCGGAUUGCAGCUCUUCUGCUAACUUGCUAAAUGCAAUCAAGUACUCUGGACUCUUCUGAAGAUGACUGUGGUAGAACAUCAGGUGAAGGUGAACAUCAGUGAAGGCGUAGGCUGGAGCCGAUCAUUUUAAGUGAUCUGUGUGUUGUUUGACUACAUGGACAAUGUUAACAGUGAUUUUUACAGAUUGCUUUCCGUGUGUCAGUCACAAAUAACUCUUAAUUUGCCUUUUGGAGCAAAACUGUUAAUAAGAUACAUUUUCAGAUCAAAUUAAGAGCCUAAUAAUUUUACAUCUUGCAUUAACCGGGUUACUGUGUUCACAUGCCAGAAAGAUGUUGCUCUUCGAAAAAGCAUGUUGGUGUAUGUGGCAAUGACCCAUGCACUUUUUAGAUACCUAGAUCUGUAUAUUCUCACCUCAGUAUCGUUAACCAUGCUGUAGUCUGACAAAUGGAUCUUUUACUACUACCCUGUUAUAUAGAUCAUUGUAAUUAACUGCAGUUUGUUUUAUCCACUACUUGAAGUUGUGUGAUCUGAAAACUGGUGAACAAAAAGUAUGUGUGCAUCUUACUAUGGGUAUCUCUAAAUAAAAUGUAUUUGUAUAGUG